AUGAAUAACAUCACACCAAAACUUUCAACAUCGCGUCGUAACCCGACAAAAACAACUUUCAAACCACUCCAAGAUCUCAAAUUCGCCUUCACUCAGCAAAGUCACGCGACAAGCGUUAAAGGCCAAGUCUCGAACGAAUUACCAGUCAUAAAAACUGACUCGACAAAAAAACGCGAUCUUCGAACGCAAACAUUAAGUUACACCGAUGUGAUCGACCGAACAUUGAAAAUAAACUUAAAAAUAGCUCAAAUUCACGACGAAGUCUCAUUAAUCGAUUUAAAAAUCCUCGAGAGUUCAAACAAAUUCCAAAAUUCCAACUCGCAGCACGACAAGUUCGCCAAAUCAUUCGAGGAUUUCCUCACCAAACAAUACGAGACGGUGAGUGACUCUUUGAUUGAGCUGGAAAAAACUGAAAAUCAAUCCGCGCAAUUGAAACAAGAAUUACAAAACCUUCGUCGUCAAAUUACAGAAAAAUCGUUGAAAAUCUACGAAUUGGAAGAUAUUUGGAGAAAAUAUUCAACAAGUCGUAAUUUUCUUCGACAUUUAUCUCGUUUGUUGAGUAAUGAUAAAUCAUAUACUGGUAAAUUUGAAAACCCGAAUGAAUCUAACGCGUCUCAGAUAGACGAAUUGUUAGAGAUUUUCAAAAAUAUCGGUCCAACGGAUGAAAAAUUUGAUGACAAUAACUUCAAACAUGUCACAGCUGAGAAAAUGUUGCAAUUUUUAUCGAAAUUGAAACAACAAAAUUUGAAAAUUUUACGUUACAAGUUGCAUUAUGAAAAAUUCAAGAAUAUUUUCCACUGUGCCAAUGAAUUCUUGGAGAAUAAUUUCAGGGCGAAUUUUAACGAAAUUGAAAAAAAUAGCCGUAUUUCGAGAGAAAAAUCUCAAAAAGUUGUUGUAGAAUUGGUCAUGAAGGAAAAACAAUUGGAGAAUUUGAAGAGGAAUAUUCACAUGAUGCAACGAAAUCCCUCGUUACAUAAUUUCAUUGAACAACUUUAUGAAAAAUGUGUCAAAAUGCCGGCUUUGGAAAAAUCUCAUUUGGAAAUGGUUAAGCAUAUCGAGAAUUAUUGUCAUUUGUUGCUAUGUACGCUCAAUUCUUUCGAUCAUGUAACUAUACAAAAAGCUAUACAACUGACAAAAGUAUGAUGUAUGAAAUGAAUGAAUUGUUUUUGUUAACACAUAUUAAAUACCAACAUAAAAUGUAGGCUGCUACUAUGUAUGUACAUAGGUAUAGAGAUUAUAGA